AAAAAAAAAAAAAAAAAUGAUGCCAUAUAUAAAUAGAUUCCACAUUGUCCAAGAACCACCCAAAUCUCAUUAAUACUCUACCAACAUCGACUCCCUCCUUUCUUUCCUUCUUCAUUCCCUCUCUUUCUCUCUCCUCUUCUCCCUCACUUUCCCAGCAGCCAUUGCACCACAUCAAAGAGAGACUUCAUUCCUUCAUUCAUUUUAUUAAAGUUAAAGAUUGUGCUCAUUCUUUUUUUUUUUUUUUUUAUCGAUUAAAAAAAAAAAAAAAAGAUUGUGACAUUUUAUAUUAUUAUUUUCUGGGUUAAUUCUAAUGGUUUUUUCUGCAAAAUCCAAUGGUGAUAAAAAUAGCAGCAGCAGCAACAAUGAAGGUUGGGGAAUGGGAUUCUUGCUCAUCCUUUUUCAUCAUCACCCAGAUAAUAAUAAUAAUAAUAACAAUAAUUCUCACGAACAACCCAAUUUCUUUGGUAAGAAGAAAUCUUCGAUUUCAUUUUCUUCAAAAUCAAACAACAAUUUACUCGUUUCAAAAACACAAUCUACUUUAUCAAUUUGUGGGAUUUUAGUUUUCACAACUAUUUUAUUAUUCACUCUUUCAACCUUCGAACCCACCUCUGUUAUGAAGAACAAUUACCCAUCUUCUCGAAGAUUUCUGAAACAAAAUAAUAACAAUCACGAAAAUACCCAUCAAAGAUUCAAGGUUUUGAGCAUGUUUUCGAGUAAAUUGAAGGGUAGUGAGAGUAAUUUCACCCGCAUUGAUGCUGCGAAUACUGCUUUACAAGGUAUGGGUGCUCUGUAUUUAAGAGGGAGUAAAAGUAUGACUGAUUUGGUUGUUGGCCAUGUAUCUGAAAAUACUUCUGAAAAGGAGUUACGGACAUUUAUUCGUGUUUUGAUUCACCACUCUGGUCUAUUAUCUCGGGCUGACUUUGUUUUAAUCUACGCCUCGCCGUCGGCCGCGGCGAGGUUCGGAGCAUUGGUUAGGUUCGAAUGUGACUCAUUUGUUCAACUUGAUCGAAUUGGCGGUGAGCUCGGGAGGUUCACCGAGUUGGGAAGCGGGUUUAGUCGGUAUUUAGCGAAGAGGGAGGUUGGAGAAGGGGAGAAAGAGCCGAUUUGGGGGAAGAAGAGAGGGAACUCGAGUGAAGGUGAGUUGACCCGGUCGAGUUACGGGUCAGUGGUCGGGUUUGAGGCGAGUGAGCUUGACCCGGAAGAUACGCUUUCGGGUUUCUUAGAUCAUGUGCCAAUGAGUUUGAGGAGGUGGGCGAGUUAUCCUAUGUUGCUGGGACGAGUCCGCCGACAGUUUAAGCAUAUGUUGCUAGUUGAUAUCAGGGAUACAUUGAUUCUUUCCGACCCGUUUAGUCGGGUGAGGAACCGGAGCUCCGAGUCGUUGUUUAUGUGGUCGAACCUCGAUACCGAGCCGACUCGGGGGCAUCAUCAUAGCAAGAGGAACUCGGGAAAGUCGCGGGAUUCGAACUCCAAACCUCAAUUUAACCCCGCCGUGAUUGUCGGUGGGAGCCGCGGGGUGCGUCGGUUCGCAACCACGGCACUGACCGAAAUCGUGCGGGGUGUGAUAGAGCACAAGGGGAAGGGGCGAAACUCGGUUACCGAGUCGGGACUCGUGAACCAACUCGUUGACAGUGGGCACCUUCUAAAGAACAUAAAUUUGAUCACACCGACCGAGUCACUCGCCAAGUUGAGUUCACUCGGCGGGUUUAACUCGGUCGACUCGGCAAGUUCGAGUUACCUAAGGUUGUCCGACUACUUCAGUGUGGUGCAACGUGGGCAUAGUAGUGGUGAAAGUGGUAGUUUAGAUAUUGAUGAGGUGGUUAUGAAAGAAAUUUGUGCAUCUCAUAAAUUAUAUUCUUCUGUUUAUAAUGAUUGUUUGGUUAGUCAAUAAUAGUUAGUUUUACUAGUAAAAAUAGUGCAAGUAAAUUGGGUGAAAAAAAAAAAAUACAUAGGAGAAUAAAUCUAAGUUUUAUUUUUCUUAUUUUAGUUGAUAAUGUGCAAAUUCUGUUCAUAAAAAAUGGAAACAAUUUUGGAAAUAUGGAAUAAUUACAUUUAGUUUGUGGUUGAA